CGAGCGCAGGUGCUUAUCUUCAGCCUGUCAAAGGCACACUAUGUCAUAUUCCUGGGGACUACCUUUCAAAGCCACAGCUCCAGCUCAGCUAUCAAGAGACUGGGGGAAAAUCAAACUUUUGGAUCACAGCACUAGAAGAUAAACUGCAUGAACACUUCUCUGGCAACCCAAAGUGUGUAAGCAUCGACCACAGUGAAGCAGGGGGCUCUGGCGUCUCAUCCGACAGGGAGCUUGUGAAACUACAGCGGAAGAUGGAUUCUUCUGACAGUGAGGAGCAGACUCUGAACACGUGUCACAACAACAUAGGCCCAGUCGACAGCACAGCUGAGAAUCACUGCCCAUAUGGACCAGCGGCAAGGAAGAGGAGUGCUCAGGAAGGGGUGCUGGGUGCCCCUGUCAACAAGAGAAAGUCCCUGCUGAUGAAGCCGCGGCACUACAGCCCCAGUGCGGCUUGUGAGGAGGAGAAGGAGGACCUGGCAUCAGCGCGGGACAAAGACGAGCCGAGGAACACUGACACUCCAGCAGAUGGAAACUUACGAAAUGGCGGAGAUUCGCUGGGGUGGUCUGAGGCGCCCUCUGACGACUCGCCCCAGUGUGACGCUGACCCCAGUGAAAAGGCAGUGACCGAUGAAGACGACGAGAAUCAAGACCGGACGAGUGGAGCCUCCUCACCGCACUCCCCAUACAGAGACAUGCACGAGCCUGAGUGGGACCCCUACUCCCUCUCCACAAAACUAAACGGCUCCAGCCCAUCCAGGUCGUCUGAGGAGCUUUUAUUGAGCAGAAACGUCCUACUGAGGGAAGAGCCCAGUUUGUACAGGCCACAUCCCACAGAGGAGGGGGACAGUGAAGGGGAGACGGAGGGGGACAGGCCCGGCCGGCUGGACGGCUGGGCUCUGGGCCUCCAUGAGAGGGCUCUGGAGAUGAGAGGGGACUGA